GAGCGCCGCUCAGAGGGUGUCCUGCCGCCGCCACGAAGAGUGCACCUCCCUCAGCCUCGUCCUUUUUGUGUCGUAAUAUCUGCCGGAGGAGAUCGAGAUAAGAAGUUCUUGGUGAAGGCGUCCUGCGCGUCUUUUUUUUUCCUCAUUGUGUGUGGUGAACGGACGGCGAAGGGGACUGAGCAAGGAACGCCUUUUUCCAAAAGUUUCCGUCACGUCCGCCUGUUAUCCCCCCGACUCGCACAUACGAAGGGCGCCGCCUCCCACGCCCUCAAGACACCACUCCUCGUAGUCUGACAAGGCAUCAUGGUCGACAUGAGUUACGUCGACGUCUUCCUGAGUCCGUCCACCCGACAGUACAUCAGCAACAACACCAUGAUUGGUAGGCUGUUGCACCAGCUUUCGGCAUCGUUCUGGCGUCCAGACAAAUGGCUUCUGGAGGGGAUGGCGUGGGAAGACUUGCAGCCGUCGGAGAAACUUCGUUACCCGGAGUUCAGUGACGUUUGGGUGUAUCCUCUCCUGUUCAGUGCUAUUUUCAUUUGCCUUCGUUUCUUUUUCGUCGAGCCGUUAGUCCUAAAUCCGCUUGCCAAGUGGGUAGGGGUGAGCCAAGUUCGGCCCAAUCCUCCAGUUCCUAGCAAGAUCCUAGAGGGAGUCUACCAAGCGCAUGGCACGACUCCGCCUGAAUCGGUGUUGCAGGAAGCAUCUCAGGAAACCGAUCUGACGAAGAGACAGGUGGAGCGCUGGCUGAGACGGAGAAAAGCUCUCAUGAAGCCCACGAAAUGUGAUAAGUUUAUGGACUGUGGCUUCAAUUUCAUUUGCCACAGUGUAUUCUGCGUUUAUGGGUGUCUCAUCAUGUACGGCAAAACUUGGUUAUGGGAUAUCAAGUUCUGCUGGACAAACUACCCCAACCACGCCAUUGACGACGACGUGUGGUGGUACUACAUGGUUCUCUUGUCGUACUUUUGGGCAGAAUCCUUUAUGCUGAUUCCUGCAACGGGACGCAAGACCUCGGAUAAAGUGCAGACACUCUGUCAUCAUUUCUUCACUGUACUUCUGAUGGUGUUUUCUUGGACGUGCAACUUCGUGCGCGUUGGAACAUUGGUGCUGUUAGUCCACGAAUGCGCAGAUAUCCCUCUCCUCGCAGCCAAAAUGCAUGUGUAUGCUGGCAUCAAAGACCGGAUAGAGGUCCUCUUCGGCAUAUUCCUUGUCCUAUGGCUGGUAACUCGCUGUUACCUUUUUCCUUUCUGGAUCAUGCAUAGUAUCUUCACGCAUCCGUCUCCUUAUUUAGCCAUGCCAGCUUCUACCUUCCUGAAGGCGCUGAUAUGCGGGCUCUUCGUACUUAAUGCAAUCUGGACUUACCUGAUCGGUGCCAUACUUGUACGAAAGUUGUGUGGCGGUGUGCUUGAGGACUCGCGCUCGGAUGCCGAAGAGUCGCCAGAUGAGGAGGGUUCUAACACCAGGAAGACAGACUAAAAAUGUUCCUGCAACGGAAGCCAUGGAUGGAGUCCGAGCCACAGUCCUGGAUGCUGCGACUACACCACCAACACUGACGAGCCUCUCGCGCGACGACCCUCCCUCGACACCCCGCCCCGCAUCACCGUGUAAUCACUACUACUUUUAACCAGGCAAAGCACCUCUUCUUCUGCUGGCAAAUCCCCGUGCUGUAGAAUGCACUUUCCCGACUGCGUCUCGACCGGUAGCAUAGGUUCUGGCCAAGAGGAACGCAGAGCAGGUGAGGAAGAGGUGAGGCCUCCUGGGAACACAGCUUAAAGUCACAGGAGGAAAGAGGAAGUGAGGAAAUGACCGAUGCGGCGGACGGCGACAGUGGCGAAGAGGAAUUCUUAGACUGCAGUGGAGUAUCUCCGGCAUGCCUCUUCCACAGACAGGAGUGCAGUCUUUUUGCAGUCACCGGAGGGAACGUGGUCAUAGAAGAUUUAGAAAAAUUAGAUAUAAAUUCAGAACCAAAGGCCAGAGAUGAAAUUCUAUCAAGUGCCUUAGCAGAAGAUGACACAGCCACACCAGGAAGCUUAAGUCACAGCCAUUCUCCCCAACAGAUAGAUACAACAAGUACCGCAUGUGAUUCUGUAGUGACUGAUCCUUUUUCAUCUUCUUCCUCUUCCCCUUUGUCACCGAAAGGAUGUCACAUAGAUCAUCUACCGAAUGAGAUACUAUUAGAGAUAUUUUCUUACUUUACCGUGUUCGAGCUGUUUGUCAUUAUUACUCCAGUUUGUACAAGAUGGAGGAGAUUAGGUCAAGAUCCAACACUCAGGAAGAAACUGGUUUUCUCCUUCGAACGACCAGUUGCAGGCGACAGGAUCUGUGAGCUGCUAGCUGGGUCUCCGCACCUGCUUUCCCUGGAGCUGCAGAGCCGUGAAGAUGGCGGAGACCUGCUUCGUCAGGCAGCUACUUCUUGUAAAAAGCUCCGGGAAAUCACGACAAAAUUUUGUGAUGGGCUGAGUGAGGAUGUGCUUAGGGCUUUGGUGGAGAACUGUCCGGAUGUCAGGCAUUUUAAUGCAGAAGGCUCUCGAAUCAGUUGCAGCGAAUGCUAUUUUGCAAUUGCAGAGUUUCAUAACCUGAGGCACUUGAAUUUGUCACACUGUCAGUUCUUGGAUAACUUAGGCCUUGUUGCAAUAGCUAAACAGUGUCGCCAGUUAGAGUACUUAAACAUAGACGGCAUUACCAAAAUUUAUGACUAUUCCGUAGUAUGCCUAACACAGGAAGUUGGUCCCUCUCUAAAGUUUUUGUUCUUGGACGGAGAAAAUCUGACCGAUGCUUCAUACACUUCCCUGGCAGCUUGUAAACAUCUCAAAAUGCUCGGAGUUUCAUUUUGCGAGCAAAUGACAGAUGUUGGGCUCUCUGGUAUUACUGGACUGUGUGAAUUGACGUGGAUGAAACUUCGCAAGGGCGUCCACCUGACUUCAAAAGGCUUGCAAAGUUUCUUUAGUAAUGGCCACCUGUCAAACUUGACUCACUUGAACUUAGGAGAAUGCAGCUCAAUGAAUGAUGAUGUCUUAUUUGCAGUAGCGGAGAAGUGCCCACGUCUUACGAAUGUUGUCCUGCAUUGGUGUUGGGAUAUAACUGAUGUGGGCAUGACUGCCUUAGUAUCCAACUGCUCACGGCUGCGAGUGCUAGAUUUAGUGGGCCUGGUUCAACUCACUGGUACUUCCUUCAUUAACGUUCAAACUGCACUGCCAGAUCUGCUCAUCCUGGACUUGGAACAGUGCAAUACUAUCAAUGACACUAUCCUACAGCGUAUCGUAGAAGAACAGCCUUCACUAACAGUUUUUGAUUACUGGGGUGAUCCAGUAAUGCCUCCAAACCCAAAAGACUCGGAAAGCUCAGAAAAUGUGGAUUGACUACCUUGGCUUUCAUCAUGUUUUUGAUGGAUUUCAAUUAACAAUAAUUACCAGUGCAGUCUUUUCUUUCCCAGACUGGGAAAUCUGAACAUAUCUUGGAGUAAUCUUGGAAAAUUGGGGAUAAUUUGGGGAUUUCUAAUAAUCGUAAUAAUAUGCUUAAUUAUUUUGUAAGUAUUUCAUUAGUAUUAAAAUAUUCAUAUAUAGUGUCAGAGAAAUGUAAAUAAUGAAUUGGAUGUAAUAUUUUAAUUUCAUGGCAUAUUAAUGCUUAUUUUUGCUGAAAACCCAGUGUCAAAAGACAUGCAAUAUAAACAAAAUCUUACAACCAGGAA